AUGUCCCGCUACUGGUUAUGGGGCUCCAGUGAACUCGACUCUACACAAAAUAUAUCAGACAAUAAUACUAGCAGCAAUUACAACUCCAAGACAAACGACUCUAUCUCCACUAUGACAGACAAUAUCAAUAGCACUCAGAACCCGAGCAGUGCUAUUGAUAUUGAUUCUAAUAUUAUUGCGUCAAAUUCGCCUACUGAUAAAACAAAUGCUUCGACCAACGCAUCUUCCACCAAUAUUAAUAUAGAGACAUCGUCAGUAACCUCGGAGGCAUUAUCAACCACGUCAACAUUAUUAGAGGACGACUCUCCUACUUCCAGUGCAAUUCCCAUACCAAAACGUUCAAGUAAUAACAGGCGUACAUACGACGAUCAGAAAUCAAAAUCCUCAUCGCUCAGAAGCUGGUGGUCUUCGUCAGCAAGUCGCUCUUCCCCGAUACCAUCAAACCUUCCAGAGAAGAAGGGUCUUCAAGAAAUAAAAGAGGACGCAAAACCCACAAAUCCAAGCGAUCGAUUAUUAAAUAUGUCUUUACGCAAUCACAGUUCUUCCACAAACCCAACAACGGCUGUUGAUAUGACAACAGUAAAAGCCGAAAUGAUAGAAAGGCGAGUACGGAAAUCAGGUAGCACUUCGUCGUUAAGCAAUUUACUAGAACCGAAUCUUGGGAAACGAAAGCGACGCACAGAGUCGCAUCCUGCAAUACCCGUUGAAUUCACCAGUGCAGAUAUGAUACGGCAGACAUCAACUCAGAGUGCCCCCGAUAUGUCCAGUGAUUCGAAACGGGAUCACGUACUAGUAAAAGAGGAGGCUAGGCUAUCGACUUCUAAUGCUUCCACUUCAUCUAGGUCUUCCUGGUGGAGGUUUGUGGGUGUUAUGUCAAAGGACGAUUCUGGCAAAGAGCCAAGCGUAGUUGAGAUCAACAAUAAUGUACAUAAUGAUACUAACGAUAAUGCACAAUCGAUACAAACGGAUAAUAUGAACAGUAUUUCCGAGGAACCGGAAAAGGCAUUUUCGGAGAAUGUAAGUAACGAAUCAACAAUUGCCCAGCACGCCGUAUCCGAGGAGACUACAGCAAAGACUGAAUCUGCCAAUGAAGAUUCGGUUACAAAAAAGAGGUCAGGUGAAACGAAGCGUUGGUCUUUAUUUGGAACCUGGUCUGCCUCGACACCAGAUUUAACGGAACAAACGACAAACGAACAAUAUUCAAGAAGCUUCACUGAACCAUCACUUGCAGAAAGUUUGCCUUCAAAGUCAUCGUCGCCAACAUCGCCAACUUCUUCAUCCUCCGAUCGAAAUGACUCGGCACAAUCGUCGUC